CAGAUUGCUGUGACGUUCUGAGUGAAGAUGGCAUUAUUUCAGAACAACUUCUGGGGGGAGAAGAAUGCCGGCUUUGAUGUGCUCUACCACAACAUGAAACAUGGCCAGCUGGCAACCAAGGAACUCGCCGAGUUUGUCCGAGAGAGGGCUGCUAUCGAGGAGACUUACUCUAAGUCAAUGAGUAAACUAGCUAAAAUGGCCAGCAAUGGAAGUCCACAAGGGACUUUUGCUCCCAUGUGGGAUGUUUUCAGGGUGUCUUCAGACAAACUUGCCCUCUGCCACCUCGAGCUGAUGAAGAAGUUCAACGAUCUCAUCCGCGAUAUCAACAAGUACGCAGACGAGCAGGUCAAAAUUCACCGCAAGACUAAGGAGGAGAUGGUGGGGACGGUGGAGGCGGUGCAGGUGCUUCAGGUUCAGAGCGGACAGCUUCAGAAGUCCAAGGAGGGUUACCACGCCAAAUGUUUAGAGCUGGAUCGACUCAGGAAGGAGGGAGGUCCUCAGAAAGAGCUGGAGAAGGCGGAGCUGAAGUCAAAGAAAGCAGCCGAGUCGUUCGCGCUGUGCAUCGAGAAGUACAACCGCGUGGGAGGAGAGUUUGAGCAGAAGAUGAGCGAGUCCGCCCAGAAGUUUCAGGAAAUCGAGGAGGCUCAUCUGCGGCAGAUGAAACAGCUCAUCAAAGGUUACUCCCACUCCAUAGAAGACACCCACGUCCAGGUGGGACAGGUUCACGAAGAAUUCAAGCAGAACGUGGAGAACAUCGGCAUCGAUAACCUCAUUCAGAAAUUUGCUGAACAGAAGGGCACGGGCAAAGAUCGUCCAGCUGCGGUUGGAUUUGAGGAAUACAUGACAGCUUUGGCGCCCGAAGGAGGGAAAAAGAGUCGGGCGAAGGCCUUCAGGAUACCCGGUCUGGGCAAGAGGGACAAAGAGCCAGACUCUGCCGAUUCGGCUGUGACCGAGGCUCUGGAGAAGGAGACCAACUUUUACUCCAGCGAUUCAGACUUUGAUGACGAAGAGCCCAAGAAGUUCCACAUUCAGAUCCGACCGGUGGCCAGCAGCAACCGCAGCAGCUCCGUUGCCACAGAGAAGGAGCUCAAAGCUACCGUGGGGGCGCUUACGCUGCCACCCAACAGAGGCCGAAGCAGCAGGAAACUCGAGUACCGCAGGAGGCCGAUCAGAAGACGGGGACGCUGCCUCCCGCAGGGAUGGAGAGCAGGAGGGCCUUCGCAGGUCCACUCCAGCCCCGAUCACAGUAGGUUGAGCUCGACAGCGUCGGGCUCGGACAGUCUGUUUGGACCGCCGCUGGAAUCGGCCUUCAAGUCCAAAAGCUUCGACAGCCGGGACCAACUCAGAGAGCGGAGCGCGUUUGGAGCGUCUGAAUAUGCUGCUUUCUCCUCCGACUCCUCGUCUCCGGAGAAUGUUGAGGACUCUGGCCUCGACUCACCCUCCCAUCAGCCCCUCGGACCCUCCCCCGAACCAGCAGGCUGGGCGGCCUGGCCUCCUGCAUCGCAGAGUAAAGAGCAAACACGGGGUCGACCGUCGGACCCUUUCCUUUCCGCUUUCCGUGACCACUCCCCCGGACGCAGUCCUCACCCGCAGGAUGACCCUACCGCCGUCUGGUCUGUCGCUCCGUCGCGCCCCUCGCGAGUUCCCCCUGAUAAGGACCCCUCGUCGGUGCGGUUCCCCGCCUUCUCUCAGUCCCUCGCCCCACCAGAGAUGGAGUCAUCAGUGUGGAACUGCAAACACAUCCCACCCGAGGAUCCCUUCCUCGCCGCCUUUGAGAGGACCGUCACCCAGGAGACGUUAAACCUGUCGGACGCCUGGGCGCGCCCUCCGCCUCGCACUGCUCAGGAGGGCAGAGGAAUGGAUCUGCGAGGGGACCCCUUCUCCGUUACCUUAAACGACACCAAGACACUUCCAAGCACUUCCUCUUCCUCUUCAUCCUCCUCGUGCAAUCGGAAAGAGAGGGAGAGGAAGCGGGAUCGCAGCCUCCCGCCUCCCAUUUCUUCCGAUGACCCAUUUGCAAUCACAAUGAUCGGCAGCCCGACGCAUCAGUCGUCGUUGGCGGCAGCUGUUGGGGGGAUCCCUCCACGCGGCGGCAGCGGCGGCGGCUCCGCCGGCGCCACCAGACUUGGAUUCGAUGCCAAUUCGAACACUUUACCGUCAGCUCAGCCAAAGAAGGAGCUAACGCACUGGAACUCGCUCCACAACCCAUUUAGUGAAGGCAACGGCUCCAAAUCACAAGAAGCAAGCGGAAAAGGGGAAGGUGGCGGCGGAGAGAGGAGAAAACACCGAUCAUCGGAAGGCUCCAAACAUAACUUCAGACAGGACACAGCCGAAGGCGUCACGGCCGCUCCUGCGAGAGCGACCCGAGCCAAGAGGUCUUCGGGUCGACUCGGUGGCUUGGGGGGUCAGAACCGAGCUCAGAGCCCUGCCGGGGUGGGACAGGCCUCGCCGCUGCCCUUCCAGCACCAGGACCACCAACAGAGACAGUUGCAUCUGUCCAGAGGCCCCAGUCCCAUAUCGCUCAGCACACAGGAGGCGUGGCCAGUAGCAGCAGCCAUUACUGAAUACAUCAACGCCUACUUCAAAGGUGGACAGCACAAUCGCUGUCUGGUGAAGAUCACAGGUGACCUCACGAUGUCCUUCCCAGCAGGCAUCACUCGUAUUUUCACUGCCAAUCCCAACGUUCCCGUGCUCAGCUUCAGACUGGUCAACAUCUCAAAGAUCGAUCACUUUCUGCCCAAUCAAAAGCUUCUCUACAGCGACCCGUCUCAGAGCGACCCCGACGCCAGAGACUUCUGGUUCAAUAUGCAGGCUCUGCAGCUGCACCUGCAGCGAGAGGCCGAAGUCAACCCGCAGGCUUCGUACUACAACGUCGGGCUGUUCAAGUAUCAGGUGUCUUCUCAGGACCUGGGUCGGGCGCCUCUUUUGCUCUCAGCCGAGUGUCAGCGGAGCGGCACGGUGACCAGGGUCUCCCUGGAUUACCACUGCUGCCCCGCCACCGCGCCCUCCACCCAACUCACUGCCGUCCAGGUGCUGCUGCCGUUGGACCACACUGCCACAGACCUGCAGUGCCAGCCGCCCGCCUCCUGGAACGCCGAUGAACGCCGGCUGCUCUGGAAACUGCCCAACCUUUCCCCGACCAACCACAGCAAAGGCUCGGGGACUCUGUGUGCCAGCUGGCAGUGCCUGGAGGUCCCUCGCGGCCCUCCACCCAGCCUGGCUGUUCAGUUUGUGGGCUCUGGGGCCUCGCUGUCGGGCAUGGACGUGGAGUUGGUGGGCAGUCGCUACCGCAUGUCGCUGGUCAAGAAGAGAUUCGCCACAGGGAAGUACAUGGCGGGCUGCUCCUUGUGAAUCAAACUAAAGGACCGUCAGGUUUCUGAACGGGGAUCGCUGAAGGUUCAGAGAACUUUGCACUUUCAGCGCCUGAGUCGAGGAACUCGCUUCCUCCCGUCAGUGUCCUGCUGCUCUCGGACCAAUUCUUUUCUCUAAUUUAUCCCGUGUGCCGUCGUACGUUCAGCUGUCCUCCUCGUCCAGGAAGAAAACUUUUUCCUAUUAAAUCUGUGUCCGUGUUGUUCUGUACGCCUUUGUGUCAAAAGACUGCAGACUGAGAUAUGCUGUUGAUGACUUUUCUUGAAUUAGAGAAAAGUGUGAAUAAAAUUAAACUUUACUGUCCAUGAAAUCUCUACAGCAUCGAGUCAGUUAUGAGCAAACAUCUUGUACAAAACCUUAUAAAAAAAACUUGUUUGUAAAUCUGAUGUUUGUGAUGAGAUUUGAUAAAAAUAAAAGAAGUGCUGGAA